AUGAAUAUAUGUUCUCUGGUGAAGUUUAGGAGUUUGGGACAAGCCGAAAACCUUGAUGACUAUAGGCUCAUCUUGAACCUUGACCAAAGAUUGGACCAGAGAAGAUACAACGCACCAAUCACGUCGGAGGUAGCUGCAGUGUGGGUCGAAGGAAAUCAAGGAAACAAUACUUUUGUCAAGAACGUAGUACUACAUGGAAACAACAAGGAAAUACAGAGCAUUAAAGCAUAUUAUGGGUGUUAUGAUCCGCUAUCGUAUCCUCUGUUCUUUCCAAGAGGUGAACUGGGUUGGCAUCGAAAGAUCCCAAAGGCAAAUACAAAAGAGGAAGAUGUGAGAAAGGCUGAUGCUGCACAAGAUAACGAUGAUGACGAGAACCCAGAUGUAACCGGUGGGCUGUGGGUAACCAUGAAAGAAUACUAUUGCUAUAAAUUACAUACGAGACCAAACAUAUUCAACCCAAUAUUAUAUGGCGGACGGCUGCUCCAACAGUUUGUUGUAGAUACAUACAUCAAGAUUGAGAGCUCUAGACUGGACUAUAUGUUUCAUCAUCAGAACAAAUUAAGGGCAGAUCUAUACCAAGGCCUUCUGGAUAGCAUUCGAGCAGGAGAACAAGAUGGAAAUGCGGUCGGAAAACGAACAAUCCUCGCCUCAUCAUUUAUUGGAGGGCCACGAGAUAAACUACACAGAUUCCUAGAUGCAAUGGCUUUAGUUAGAAAAUACGGAAAGCCGGACAUAUUCCUCACGAUGACCUGCAACCCCAACUGGGAAGAAAUUACUCGUGAAUUAGAGCGUGGUCAAACACCACAAGAUUGCCCAGAUAUCGUUGUCCGUGUUUUUAGGGCGAAGCUAGAAGAGAUGAAGAAGCAACUAUUUCAGAAGAGCAUUCUUGGAACCGUUACAGCAUAUACGUAUGCUGUCGAGUUCCAGAAAAGAGGACUACCACAUGCACACUUCCUGCUGAUCAUGACAGGAAAAUACAAGUACACAAGUCCAGAUCAAUAUGACAAAAUCAUCUCAGCUGAGCUCCCUAACAAGCACAAGUACCCAGAGCUAUACAAAAUGGUCAUCAAGCAUAUGAUGCAUGGUCCUUGCGGUGCACUGAAUAGAAACUGUCCAUGCACAAAGGAUCGCCAGACAUGCAAGAACAAUUAUCCAAAACCAUUUAACGAAAAUACAAUUCAAGGGAAGGACUCCUACCCUGUGUAUAGGAGACGCAAUGACGGCCGGACCGAACAGUCCGAAAGUGCACUCUUGAUAAUAGGUGGGUCGUUCCUUACAACCCCUAUCUAUUGA